UCACCUUUCUUGCAAACCGCGUGCACGCCAGAAUCCGCUCCGCCAAGAUACACGGUCCCACCACCAAUAUACCACCGUUCACUGCAUCCACCCGCCAACCUAAUCCAAGUGACCCGUUCGACCCAACAGGAUACCUCUGUUCUACGGGUGAACGAUGAAAUUUUUGAUCGCUGUAUUAGCUGCGGGGUUGCUGGGUGUCGUAGCAGCUCAAAAUGGAGACCGGGCACUAUUUGUCAAGGCAUCAGCUUCUCAUUCGAGAACUGUGAGAGCUACGGCAGAUUCCCCGGCAGAUGUGAUGGCACGAAAUAUCCUAGAGUGGAUUCAAGGCGUCUAUCGUCAGGGCACGAGGAAAAUUCGUCAACAAUCUGACGCAAACGCCUACCUACCGCCCUUCAGUACGCAGAGACCUCCGGAGAGACCUCGACCUUUUCAAUCAGCUUCAACGCCGCAGCAGCUCUCUUACUCAUCGCAAAGCUUGAACGAAGUUACGGGCUAUCCAAGCUACCAGCAACCAUCUUCGGUUUACUCCCCCCCGAAUCUUGGAUUCUCCCAGAGCCCACCAUCGUCACCUAGCUACUCUCCCCAGCCAACGUACCAAACUUCGAGGCCGAACUACCUCGCGCCAAGCAGUCAAUCCUCUUCUUCGAGUUUCACAAGUUCGCAAAACUAUGGGUCUUCGGUAGCUCAGCCUCGACCAAUUCCCAGCAAUCCUCCUCCAGCUUUUCCCAGCUCUUCUGCAGCACCUUCGCCCUCAUAUCAGCCAAUCGGUAGUUACAUACCACCUAAGACUGCUGGAUAUCAACCUUCGACCCCGCAAUCCCAACCGUCGCAAAAUAAAUUUUCAUCUGGUUAUGGAGGCUCGGUAAACGUAGCCACGUCUGGAAGCGCUUCGGUCAGUGGAUCUGGCUACUAUUCUCCGAGUGCCACACCGACUCCGAGUUUUCCAACACCGCAACCGUCGAGUACCAGUGGUUACGGUGCUUCCGGUAUGGUCGUGACGGGAAGUGAAAGUUCUUUCGCCAGUGCACAAACAAAUUCGGUGGUGGAAGCUGGAUCCAGCAUAACCGAGGAAGACUUGAAACAUCCUCCUCAUAUUCAUGAGAUUGAUGUUCAGUGCAGCAAAACUAUGAUGACUAUCAAUAUUGAAUUCAACCGAGCCUUCGACGGCGUAAUUUAUUCGAAGGGAUUCUACACAGAUCAAAACUGCCGCUACGUUGCUCAAGGAUCGGGUCAAACGAAAUACUCAUUCACCGUUAGUUUGGAUUCAUGCGGUACGCAAUUCAUAAAUGAUUUCGAGGGAGAAGCAGGCCAAGCUUACUUAGAAAACGUUUUGGUGCUACAGAACGAACCAGGCAUUCAAGAAGUUUGGGACACGGUUCGUCGAGUACGUUGUCUAUGGGAAGGAAACAUUAACAAGGCACUGUCUGUCAGCCUGUCCGUCGACAUGUUAAACCAAGAAAUAGUAACAUUCAGUGGUGAUACAGCAACGGCAAGACUGGACAUCCAAAUGGGAAAAGGUCCGUUUGCCCCAGCGGCCGACGGUUUGGUAAAGAUUGGAGAAACCAUGACAUUGGUCGUAUCCGUUGAAGGUGAUCCUGGGUUUGAUCUACAGGUACAUGACUGCAUCGCUCGUGACGAAACAUCAACAAACAUUGUUCAGCUAACGGACGAUCGUGGUUGCAUUCUGAAGCCAAAAUUAUUUGGAUCCUUCCAGAAAACUAGGGAUACUGGUAAUACAGGGGCAUCAAUCAUUGCCUAUGCGUUCUUCCAAGCCUUCAAGUUUCCAGAUGUUAUGGACUUGUAUUUGGAAUGUAAUAUAGAAUUGUGUAAAACGGACUGCGAAGCAUGCCCAGAGCCCAACCAACAAAUUGAUCCUGGUCGUAGACGCCGUGACGUUAGUUACGCUGCUACGAACUCAUCCGGCGCUUUAUCCGACCCAGUCUGUGUAGGUAAAGGAUUUAGAGUAAUCAUGCCAGACGAUCUGAGCCUGGCCUCAAAUUUAGCGCUAGAAAAAAUAGAAGAGAUGGCAGUAGAAGAGUUCAGCAACACUCGGAAGGUUUGCAUGAGCAACGCAGGAUUUUAUGCUACUUUCUCUUUGUUGUUGAGUUUGCUCGUUGUAUCUACUAUUAGUUCGGCCAUAUUCUAUUUGAAAUUACAACGAAUCCGUGCAGCCAAGAUGUUGCAUUAACUGCAGGGGCACUGAGUUGCUGUUACACUCACACGCAGAUUGUCCAUUUGAUGAGCAUUAAAAAAAAUAGAACUCGCUCAGACGUAGUGCAAUCAGUUUUUAGGUAAUUCCUUCAAAUUUGAUACACAUGGAGCUGAGCUCAAACCACACAAGUUACGGAAAGGUGUAAUCCUUAUUUCUGGUCUUCGAUUUUAAAUACUUCUAAGAUUACAAACGCGGACUGCUUUAUUUUCCGAUUUUUUCGCAAUUUUGAUCGAAGUAACCAAAUACCUAUCAUAUUGGAUUCGAUCGGAAGCCGUUUUUCAUGCAAUUCUAAGCAUGAUCGGAUUGUGAAACGAAU